AUGUCAUCAGAAUCGGCAACUCCUCCAGCUGAGCGUUUGCAGUCUCUGUCUGCUGUUGGAGCUUCUGUUGAGAUAAAAAAAGAUAUUUCCCCUAUAAAAUAUUUUAGGAGCGGUAUUCAAAUGGAGAAAGUGGCUAGAGCCUAUGCUAAGGAAGGUGACUUAGAAAGAGCUUACAAAAUACUGCAUAGAUUAUUUAUUGAAAAAUUACCGAAACAUCCGUUAUACAAAAAAGCUGAAGCAUCUAGGAUGAAGGAAUAUUCAAAAAAAAUUCACGGGGCAUUGGAUUUGGCAUCAGAUAUAAAACAGCGUCUUUCAGAUCAGUAUGCUACGGAGUAUCAGUCAUUUUUGGAAAGACAGAAAAGAAAUGAGAUUGCAAAAUUAGCUGAAGCUCAAAGCAAACAAGAGGAAUGCAAAGAUUAUAAUUUGAAGUCUGUUACCAUGGAUCCUGUAACGGAUGAUAGCCAGUCUGCUUUGAUGGUUAUUGAGGAGCAACAUCCUGAAGUAGGCGCAUUACGACGCGAUUCAUCGAAUUAUAUACUCGAGCAGAGGAAGCCUUCAGUGGAUAGAUCAUUAAAGCCUGCAACAAAUAUUAACGAGAUAGUGUCUCCGACUCUGGAUGGGCUGAGGUGUGUUAAAAUUCCUGAACGUCUGCCUGAAUAUUUCUUAGCUGUGGUACAAAAAAAUACUGCUUCUAACAUUGAGACUUGCGGAAUAUUGAGCGGCCAUUUGAUGAAGGAGGUGUUUCAAGUAACUCACGUGAUAAUACCAAAGCAGCACGGAACCGCAGACAGUUGCACAACUGAGGAAGAGGAAGAAAUUUUCGAUUAUCAAGACAGUAGAGAUUUAGUCACUCUUGGUUGGAUUCACACUCACCCAUCCCAAACUAGCUUUCUAUCAAGCGUCGAUCUACAUACUCAAUAUUCAUACCAAAUAAUGAUGCCAGAGGCCAUAGCUAUUGUCUGUGCUCCAAGAUAUAAUCAGACAGGGUACUUUACUUUAACAAGAGAUGAUGGUCUAGAUAUCAUUGGAAAUUGUAAAGAAGUCGGAUUUCACCCACAUCCAAGUCAUCCAAUACUAUUUGAGGUUGGUUUGAAUAUUUAA